UUGUAUUGUAUUUAUUGUGUUUCUGGUAGUUGCGUGGUUGGCUGCAGGAGACGGUCCAGUCGUUCAGAGUGACCAAUGAGGAGCUGAGAGACACGGCUAACUCUACUGAUUUACAGGACUGUAACACACUCUGUCACUGUCUCCAGUUGAAGAUGACAGGAGGAGGUUUCCCCUGGUCCAGACUCUUCAUGGCUUUACUGGUGUUUGCUGCCGGGUUCAUUACACACGACAUCAGAUCACACGGAUCCUUCACAGACUCCACCACAGCGAGGUAUCUCCACAGUUCAGGGGUGAUGGGCGUGUCUCAACAGGCCUGGAGCAAAGUCACCCUCUACUCACAACAGGGCUUCAGCUGGUUGGAGACCAACACUCCCUAUUACUAUUCAGAGGGGGUGCGUGUGUUGGGGCCGGCACUGGAGCAGAACUGGGAGAGAACUAAAGAUGCUGCCAUCUACAUCUCACAACUCACAACACAACUCACUGACUGGACCAAUCACAACACACCCCUUCUCAUAGAAUGGCUGAGCUCCAACACUCCAGCCAGUGUGUCUCUGCUGAUAACCUAUCUGAAGCAGCUCCUACUGUUUCUCCACACCAACUACCUGCUGCCAGCUCUCUCACACGCCUCCCAUCUAACAAUACAGGCCUGGACAGCCCUACAGGACUCCUGCAAUGGGGAGGUGUCUGUAUCGUGUCUCCAGGGGUACGCCCUCUCUCUGACCAACUCUACCUGGCUCCUGCUACAAGACACCACCAACGCCAUCAAGACCUGGGUUCAAGACCUGCUCUAGACCUGAUACACACACACUGAUAUAUACACACACACUGAUAUAUACACACACACUGAUAUAUACACACACACUGAUAUAUACACACACACUGAUCUAUACACCACACUGAUCUAUCCACACUGAUAUAUACACACACACUGAUAUAUACACACACACUGAUACACACACACUGAUACACAAAAACAAAAAGGAAUAAAAAAGUGAAUGCCAUAAAAAUCUGUCUCUAGUUUCAAUCUAAUUGGCGACAGAUUUUCAUGUGAAUAUUCUAAAGUCCGCAUAAAGAAAAUACUUUCCCACCAGAGGUGCGUUUCCAUCAAACUGCUGACGUAGUGCACAAAACAUAGUUUCUCUUUAGGUUUUCAUGGACCGAAUAAAAAUCAAGAGUU